AUGUCAAGCGACUUCGAGAGCCUCUCUUGCAACCUAGAGAGCAGCGAGAACCGGCAGAGACACGGUGACAGCACGAGCGCCAGUAGCGACUUCGACACACUCGACGACCUGGUCACCGAACAGAAUGCACAGCUGCUGUGCCGGCUCGACGUUCACAGCGCGUCUCCCGGCUCGGGUGAUCGUCUUGCGCCAUCUCCUGACCACUCGAAUCAGCGUACGUCGUCCGCGUACGGCUACCGUGACUACGGCGUGACAGGCGAAGUCGCAGCGACUGUCCCAGCGGCACGCGGCGCCCAUCAACAUCACCGUUGCUCUGCUGCCGCGCAGAGCGAUGACUGUGGUCGAGUCCACCUCUUCAUCAAGGACCCAACCAGCUGCUGCCGCCCACCUGCCACCGCCACGCGCGGUGAUGUCAAGGGCACGCAUACCCUGGACAAUCUGGAAGGCGAAUUCGCACCCACGGUAGUGACCCCGCGCGACACAAGGACUGCGUCAUGGGCAGCAGCGGCGGCCACGACUACCGCCGCCAACGUUUCGGCAUCCCGUGGCGGAGAGCUGGCGUCAGUGACCCAGCGACAGGCGACGUGCCCGCCGGACUCCGUCUCUCCCACCCGUGUCCACAGUGCCGCAACAUUGACCGCCUCCGCCACCACGCGCCGCACGCACGACUCGUCUGACGACGAAGGCUGCGCGGACGAUGGAAAAGUGGAGAAGGACCGGGCCGACCUCGAAGUCUCCCCGACCGUGCAGCGCGGGCAACUCACGCACGGCGCAUCGGCAGCCGCCGCCGCCUCACGGCCCCCGCAGCCUCUGUCGACUGUCACCCCCUAUCGCAGUGCGCGGGACCUCGACGGCUUCUAUAACACAGGCCUGCUGCUGGAGGAUGACGAUAACGACGACGAUGCAGCGACGAGGGACCUCAGCCGCCGCCACGCUCUCGUGGUCGACAGUGCUGUCGCACCACCACCUCCGUCCGCGGUGCCUGGUGCGAGUCUCUUCCACAGGCACAGGUCAGCUGGACGAUACGGCAACAAUGCACCCAUCAGCUGGCAGCGCUUGCCGGCAACCACUGCAGCGCCAGACCCCUACGGCGGCGCGCAUUGCAGACGGCCAGCCUCACCGACGUCUAUCAAAGCAUCGACAGCCACCGUACCGCGUUCCUGGUCCAUCGCAUCGCGCCGCAAGGCUGCUGGCGACCAGCUGUGUCGCUUGGCUGUGGUGCUGCCCACCAUGACGACUGUGCACUGGCUCUCGCUCGUCAUCACGCUUCUCGUCCCGGUGAACCUUCUGUGUCUCGAUGUGAUGGCACUGGGGUGGAUAAGGCGGCGUGUGGACGCGAGCUAUGGAGGUGCCUCUGCGCUGCCGUCAUACGCCCGAUCUACCGCGCCCCUCUCACCGCGCGUGGUUAUCUUCUGCGGCGCGGAGGACUCAACAGGGGCAGCAGCAGCAGCGUCGUCGUCGUUGUCGUGCCCGAGCGGCUCCGAAUUCGGGCCCAACGUGGACGUCACUACCGUCACCUCCACCUCCGUCGGCGGUAGCAGCGAUACUGCCAGUGCCGACAACUCAGGAGGGGUUGGCACGCUGAGGCCCUCUUCCUCGUCUGCGCACACGGUCCCUGCCCUGUGCAGCGUCAUUCUGUGGCUUCUGGUUCCCAACGGGCUUCUCUGCCGACUUGCCAUGCACCGCCUCCGGCGUCCUUCUGGCGAACGAGUCGCUGAUGAAACUAAGACAGUGGACAAGUCCGUGGUGGGCUCAUCACCAUCCGUGGGAGUAGCAGCAGCAGCAGCAUCACCGAGCACGCCCUCCCCACCCCACCAAAUAUCCGUGGCAAGUACUGAUGAGUAUCAACACUUGAAAGCGGAGUGGCGAGUGUGCUGCGAUGCCUAUGAGCGUGCGCGUCAGCUGGCACCGCAGUUGAAGGUGAUUGAGCUCUUUAUCCAGUACGCAUUCUUGUGGGUCAUGGUGUACGCCCCCCUGCCGUGUGCGACGGCGGCGGGCGAGUGGGCGGAGGCGUGGCUACUGACGGUGCCGGCGCCCGAAGAAGAAACGGCAACGACGCAGAACGGCAGUGACUGGGGCGCUGCGAGAAACCCCACCACUUUGGUAUCGCCGCGUUGUGCUGCGGGCGCCAUCGUGACUGCCUAA